AUGGAUACUAGGGAAGCUAUUAUCUCUUCUCCUAUAGUUGUUACUAAUGGUUCUAUUGAGCAUGUACAUGAUCAACUUCAGGGUGAACAAUCUUCUCGGUCUCCUGCUUCUAUUGAGCAUGUACAAUAUCAAAUUCCAAAAGAACACUUUUCACAGUCUCCAGCAUCUUCAUCUACUGCAUCAUCGUCAUCAUUAGUGGAUCUUGUUGUUGAUCUGUCUGGGCCAUCUACUAAUGUUCAUCCUCUGCAGACUUGUUACAAGUCUGCAAAGAUUCCUGAAUGGACUCAGGCCAUGGUUGAAGAGUUUCAGGCUCUUGAGAAACAAAAGACUUGGACUCUAGUUCCUUAUCAACCUUCUAUGAAUGUAGUUGGCUGUAAAUGGGUAUUUAAGUUAAAAAGGAAUGAUGAUGGAUCUAUUUCUUGCCACAAGGCUCGGCUUGUUGCUAAGGGAUAUCAUCAGAAGGCUGGUUUAGACUAUGAUGAAACAUUCAGCCUUGUUGUCAAGCAUUCUACUGUUCACUUGGUACUUGCUUUAGCUGCUCAAUUUCAUUGGACUAUUAAGCAACUGGAUGUUAAGAAGGUUUUUCUUCAUGGCAUUAUUCAUAAAGAAGGUUACAUGCAACAGCCACCUGGUUUUACAGAUUCCAAACAGCCACACCAUGCUCCUCGAGCUUGGAAUGAAAGAUUCACCACUCAUCUUCUCACACUGGGGUUUGUUAGCAAAUACAUCCUUCAAACUAUUACAGCUCUUGGUCGUGAGUUUGAUAUGAAAGACCUUGGCAAAUUAACCUAUUUUUUGGGCCUUCAGGUGCAAUAUACUUCUUCUGGUAAUCAUGUGAAUCAAUCUAAAUAUGUUAUUGAUCUUCUAGCUAAAGCUGGCAUGACACACUGCAAGCCCUGUUCUACUCCUUGCUUACUUACUACAAAAUUACUCAAGUUUGAUGAUGUUCCUCUCUCAGAUCCUACCCUUAUCGAAUUUAUGCACACUCCCACUGAGCCUCAUUUUGCUGCUGUGAAGCGUGUUCUACGUUAUCUUGCUGGUACCCUUACUAAUGGGAUUCAUUUCACUUCUAAUGAUGUUCAACUUCAGGCCUAUUCUGAUGCUGACUGGGAUGGUGAUGUGAAUGAUAAGCAUUCCACGACUAGAUAUGUUGUUUUUCUAUGCAAUAACCCCAUUUCUUGGUGUGCCAAGAAACAAAGCACCGUGUCUCAUUCUUCGACAUAA